GGCCCGUUUCGCGUUGACAUCCCAGAAUUCGACGAAGAGCAAGUUGACGGGCCAUUGUACGAUGGUCCACCGGUGUUUGAUGAAGAACCCGAGGAGGUAAAGGAGUGUUUUACCGGUGAAGUGGACAGUCUCUACGACGGUCCACCGAUUUUCGAUAAGGAGCCUUCGGGCCCGGAGGAAUUCAAUCAUGUUUCGGGCAUCAAAAUUCAUCUGUUGGAAGAAUUUUGUGUUCGAUUGGUAGUUAUUCUAUUGCGCAGGCCCGAGCUUUUCUCCUACGUGAAUUUGUUGCGAUCUUGCAAACAGAUGUUGCGUUUUGGUUCCCACGGUGACUUCAAAUUAUGUGUGUGGCUGCUGCAUAUAUGUCUUUCCAUGACUUUCAAGGGGGUGAUACCAUGGGAGUGGGGCAUUCAACCUUUGUGUUCGACCGAGGGAAACGACGGGAGUUACUACCAUAGGUUAAUCUUCAAUCCUUUGCUUCUUAGCCACAUCAACAUGUCACAUUCAGAUCAUCGCGGUCAUACGUCGCGUGAAGGACACAGCCGUAGCAAUCAGUCUGCCAGGCGUCCAACGACAAUCCCCCACCUGCCUGAUUAUACCACUCUAUUUCAAAAUCCAGAAUUCACGCGUGGGUUUGCCGCCUUGAUGGCUCAAACUUCUCCCGGGAUGUCAACGACGGCGCCGGGACAAUCUAUAAUUCCUACUACCUCUGCAAACCCGAGAAAUCCGUCUAUCCGACGAGACGGCGGUGGAACUACUUCUCACGCCACGUCUCACCCUCGUAGUCGAACAUUGCCUCCGCACCAAGAACGUGUAGUGCGGCAUGCCGAGACAACGCGCACUCCUCCGGUGGUCCCUCAUGAAGAAACUGUUGAAAGUCAAUCGGGACAACCAUGGCGUUCUCCACCACCCGCGCGGCCUCAGGCUCAUUCCCAUCCGGCUCGAACAGACCUCCGUCAGCAAAUUGAAAGAAAUCGGUCAGCUCGGCAAGAAUCCAUGGAAUUAGAAGUAUUACGGCGAAGAAUCGUCGAGUUGGAAAGUCGGCAGAGGGCACAGGAAGAUCCUCCACGACGAGCCUCCACUUCGGCGAAUGUAUAUUUAGAAGCCGACUCCCCUUUAACACCCGAGCUCACCUCGGAGUCUGUACCGGGAAAAGUCAAAGUCCCUCAAAUUGGAUUAUAUGAUGGAACGUCGGAUCCAAACUCACACCUCGCCGAACCCGGAGAAGAAGUGGAGUUGAUCAAUAUUGACGAACCAACAUGUCAAAAACCACUACGCAUUGGAAGUCACCUGCAAGAACCCCUUCGAUCAGAACUCGUGCCAUUUCUCAAGAAUAAUUCUGAUGUCUUCGCCUGGAAACACGAGGAUAUGAAGGGAAUUGAUCCCGGUGUUGCCAGCCAUAAACUGAAUCUCGACCGAACUGUUAAACUGGUCGUCCAGAAAUGUCGGAAAUUAGGGCCAGAUCGUCAGAAGGCUCUAGAAGGGGAAGUCAGAAAACUUGUGGACAACAAGUUCAUUAAAGAAGCCAAAUACCCGACUUGGGUAUCUAAUCCUGUUCUUGUAAAGAAAAGCAACGACCUAUGGCGUCUGUGCAUAGAUUUCUCUGAUUUGAAUAAAGCAUGUCCAAAAGACAGGUAUCUGCUUCCUCAUAUUGAUUACAUGGUAGACGCCACCUCGGGACACGAGUUAAUGAGUUUUAUGGAUGCUUAUUCCAGUUAUAAUCAAAUUUCCAUGGAUCCCGAGGACUCGGAGCACACCUCGUUCUAUUCUGCCCGAGGCCUAUAUUGCUAUACUAUGAUGCCCUUCGGAUUAAAAAACACCGGGGCCACUUAUCAGCGUCUCGUUAACAAGAUGUUCGCCAAUUUAAUCGGUCAUACCAUGGAAGUCUACGUGGACGAUAUGCUCGUCAAGUCGGUGAACGCCUCCGACCACGUUACACAUCUUCAAGAAAUUUUCAACAUUCUUCGGUCAUACUCUAUAGUAUUAAAUUCUAAAAAAUGCACCUUUGGAGUCGAGUCUGGAAAGUUCCUCGGUUACAUGGUUAGUCAACGGGGAAUUGAAGCCAAUCCGGCCAAGAUCAAAGCAAUUCAAGACUUAACUCCACCGACCUCGGUCAAGGAUGUUCAGGCCCUAACUGGCCGACUCGCAGCACUUAAUCGGUUCAUCUCCAAGUCUACUGAUCGGUGUAAACCAUUCUUUGAGGCAAUCAAGAAAGGAAAAUGCUUUGAAUGGACCGAAGAAUGCCAAAAAGCACUCACCAGCAUUAUGGAGACUCUCACAUCUCCUCCGACGUUACAAAAGCCAAAUCCCGAGGAAAUGCUGUUCUUGUACCCCGGAGUCAGUGGUACGACAAUCAGUGCCGUCUUGAUACGCGAGGAAGGAAUGUUGCAAUCACCUAUUUAUUAUGUCAGCAAGGCCUUACAUGAAGCCGAACUUCGUUAUCCUCCUAUGGAGAAACUGGCGUCUGCACUCGUUACUGCUGCCCGAAAAUUACGUCCUUAUUUUCAAGAACAUUCCAUUACUGUCCGCACUUCGUAUCCCUUGCGACAAGUCUUACACCGACCUGACACGUCGGGGCGAAUGAUAAAAUGGGCCGUAGAACUCGGACAGUACGACAUUCAUUAUCAACCGAGAACUGCAAUCAAGGCACAAGUCUUAUCCGACUUUAUUGCCGAGUUCACGCCGGCUGUGGAAGCUCACAACGACGACCAACCAUGGGUCCUUUACAUCGAUGGAUCCUCCACGGCAAACCGAGCAGGCGCGGGAAUAGUC